GUUAACGGUUAGCUUUACGUCAGAUUUUGCUGUUCCAAGAAUUGACUACAAGAUGAACUACAAGUUGGUGUCAAUUUAAACCAUAAGCUGAAGACAAGUUAACCGAAAGACUUGAUCUGCAGAAACUUUCCUGAAAGUUGUAAUCAUUGUCUUUUAAAAUUACUCUUGUUCAAAUUGACCACAAUAACUCACAGGUACCUGGGAAAAAAUAAUCAUACCUGUCCAUGCCUCUUCAUAUCUGAAACGUUAAAUAAUUUGUGUUGAAAUAAAAUUUUAAAAAUAAUAAUAACCUCAAAAAAUGGAUGCUCACGAUAAUUAUGACCCAGAAGUUGAAGCCUGACUUUACGCUGGAAUUUAUUAUUCAAAUGACACUUAUCCAGAUACAAAUAAUCCAGAGCCGUCAUCACCAUCAACGUCAUUGGUAAGAAAUAAUUUAAAUAUUGAUGGCAGUAACAUUAAUACAGGUUUGAAUUCCGAGGCAAUAAAAUCUUAUGCUAAAAAGACAGGAAUGUUUCCUAAAAGACAUCGGGCUUUGAUUGAUGGGUUCAAGCCAACAGGAAGAUUUAGAUGGGAACCUCCAAUGGCUGGCGGGAAUUAUUACGAUGAUCUAAGACCAAGUCAUCAGUUUCCUGAUAGAGAUCCAGUGAAUCCUACGUUCCAUGUUGACGCUCGUGGUUCCAGGUCAAUGCUUCCAUUUUUUGAACGCGAACCUAGACCACUGAUGCCAUAUGAUGGUCCUAGAUCAGUACCAUCAUACGAUCGUGGUCCUAGAUCAUUACCACCGUAUGAUCAUGGCCAUAGAUCAGUGCCACCAUUUGAUUACGAUCCUAGAUCAUUUCCUUCAUAUAAUUAUGAUCCCAGAUCACUGCCACCAUAUGAUCAUGAUCCCAGAUCAGUGCCACCAUUUGAUUACGAUCCUAGAUCAUUUCCUUCAUAUAAUUAUGAUCCCAGAUCACUGCCACCAUAUGAUCAUGAUCCCAGAUCUAUGCCACCAUUUGAUUACGGCCCUAGAUCACUGCCACCAUUGGAUUAUAUCCCAAAUUCAAAUUAUCGAUUCGAUCGUAAUUUUUUACCAAAUCCUAUGCAUCAAAAUUCAGGAUUUAAUCAGCAAGAUUUUAUAAAAUUAUCAAGUAAAGUUAAAAAUUCCAAUAGACAAUUAGAAUUGAAAAAUUUAAAAUCUAGAUCUCGUAUAAUACUAAAACGUGAUAAGACUAAAAAAACAAAUAAACCGCCUCCGUUUAAAAGAGUAAAUAAUAAUAAUGAUCGUACUAGAGCCGCUAGAAAUCCAGAGGUCAAUAAACAAACGGGUGAUUUAUCAAAAGACAAUGAUCUGAAUGAUUCUAUUGAAAUAAUUGACAUUCAGGACCCGGUUCCUGAUAAACCGACCGCUGAAACUGAGACCAGUUGCAGCGUUGAUGCCAGUACUGAUAAAACUAAUGACCCGGUCAUAAAUGAUAAGAAUCCAGAGAAAACUGACAACAACUCAAGUAAAAAUUAUGACAAUUCUGAGGGGAAUGACAACACUGCCAAUAAAAAUGAUGAUCUGGAUAAAGACAAUGAUCAGAGUACGAGUAAUUUUGCUGAUGAUGCUCAGGAUCUGACAGCGACAGCAUCAGAAAAUGUAGAAACUGAUAAAAUUAAUGAUGAUGACAACUCAAAGUAUAAUGUAAAAUGUGCCUCUGCUGAAAAACGUCAAGCUGAAAAAUCUAAAUCAUCAGAAUCUGAGGAAUCAUCAGACACUGAAUCUGAUGAGUCGAUAUUUGAAGUACCGGUGCCGCCAAAACCACCGCCUCUAUUGAUAAAUUUGAAUGAUUCAUCAGAAUCUUCGGAUGAUGACAGCGAUGAUGAUGACAAUGACGUUGAUGUUGAUGCUGGUGAUGAUCAUGAUGAUAAAAAUGACAAAGAAGAAUCUUUGACUACUGAUUCAUUCGUUGCGUGCUCGAAUAAUUCAAAUUCAUCAAGAGAAAAUUGCAGUGAGACAAAUAAUGAAAAACAACAUGACGGUGAUAAGACUGUCGAAGAUAAUGAUGAUGACGAAGAGGAAGAAGAUGAAGAAAAUUGGAUUGAAACCAAUGUAAUAUUGAACUGUUCCCAGGUACAGAAAAGUGUUUCAACUAUGGAAGAAUUAAAAAAAAUAGGACGGGAGUCAUCAGUAGAUUUGAUAAGCGAUGACAGUAUGACUGAAAGUGAAGCAAUGAACUGGAGAACGAUCGAGGAGGAAAUAAAUACUGAGACUACUGAUGAGUUGAACACUUCAAUGAGGCUCAAUAUAAGCGGAGGUGAAACUAAUGAUGGAUCUGAUAAAAGGUCUCCCAAGUCUGGGGGUAAAGGCGAUAAGAAUCAAAGCCCAUCGUCGGGAAGCAGGAAGAGGGCGCGAGAGGCCGGGGGUAAAAAUAGAGAUGAAUUUUUGAAGCCUAUCAAGUUGCCCAGGAAUGAAAAGACAAGUGAGGUUUCUUUUGAGGAGUAUCUGGCUCAGCCGAUGCCCAAACAGCUGCUGGCUUUUUACACCGACUAUCGAGACAGUGAAUUUAUGAACGACGUCAGGGAUAUUCAGAGCCAAAUGUCAAGAAAUCCAAAUCGCUGGGCGAUACUUGAUGCCGAUAUUAUGUACCAAAGUGGGAGUGCGAAGAGACUCAAGUGUUCGUCCUGUCAAAAGUACGGACACAAGCGAGAGGAGUGUUCUGAAAAACGUAAAGUCCUGACUUGUCACAUGUGCGGUGAAAAUGGACACCUUGGGUCACGGUGUCCUCAAAGAAUGUGUCUUACUUGCGGAAAAAAAUAUUCAUCAUUUCGUAAAACUUGUGAGUACUGUUGUAGAUUAAACUGCACUCUGUGCAAAAGUAAAGGUCACCUGAAAACAAACUGUCCGGACCUAUGGCGGCGUUAUCACCAAACAACGACACCCGACACCAUAAAUAUACCCGUGGAACCAAACAAAAUUUUGAAACCCUCUAGCAAAUUAAGCUGCUGCAAUUGCACACGUCGCGGUCACGACAGUUCUACUUGUCCUCGUUACCGUUGGUCUCAACAUUUUCCAUCUCCUUAUUUUGUUACGAGUUACACUGAAGGUCCUGGUUACCCUCCAAGACCCAGAACCUCAACAUCAGUCACUGAACUUACGGUAGAAAAUCGCGCGCCAGAGCCAUCAGCUGAUUCCGACAAUCAGUUGGUUAUUUCUGAACCACCAGCUACUCAACCAUCACCAUCAUCAUCAUCAUCGACAUUUGAUAGUAAUAUAAUUUUAUAUCACUACACAAAUAUACCAGCUAGCAGAGAAUUGGAAUCCGCUGAUUGGCCGAGCGAAAUAAUUUUACCUCAUGAAAUACCAAAUAUAAGUUACCAAUUUAUCGAUAAUUCAUCAUCACUACGGCCAGAAUUUGUGUCAAAACAUUUUCCUCGGUCAUCGCCAUAUUUAAUUGAUCUGAUAAUAAAACGGAUUGACAGUAAAAAUGUUGAGAUAAAAAUAAAAACACCAACAGAAAUGUCAACAUUUGAAUUUAAAAAAUUGAUAAUUCAGUGGCUGUCAAGACGUCCAGUAGAUCGGGAUAAAAUGUCAGCUGUUGAUUCUUUGCCAGUUAAAAAAGAAAAAAUGUUGAACAUAUUUAUCGAUAAAUUGUAUGGCUUUGUAACAAAUUCAUCAUUAAAAGGAAUAAUAGAUUACGACUACAAAAGUUCGCCAGAAAAACUGCAUAAAAAUCCAGAUAAAAUAAAAUCUGUAAGUGGUAAAUUGAAAAAAAAUCCAGUUAGUGAACGUCGUUGUCUUAUUAAAUUAUUAUCGUCAUUAUAUAAUUUUUGUUUGAUACCAAUGUCGGAAAAUAUAAUAAGAGAUUUUGAAAAAUUAUUAAAUUUAUUAUCGACAAAAGGAUCUAGUGAUGAUGAAGUGAACACUUCAUUACCGCAGUGGAUUUACCUCAACUGUUGUUGGUUCAAUUUUGAAUUAUUUACUGGCCAUUUGUCGGCUUAUGUCGCUGACGCUAAAAAAUGUAUCUUAGAAAGAGUAAGAGAAGUUAAUAAAUUAAAAAAUUUAGAGAUUGAUUCAAUAAAAGAAAAACUUGGAUUAAAACAAAUGGUAACGAAGAAUGAAAAAAAAACCGGGAAAUUAAACGAAAAAAGGUUACAGAAUAUUCUGAUUUUUAAUAAACCUAUAAAGGUUCGUGACGUUGAUGAAAAUAAUAAAGAAAGUGGUAAAAAUGAUGGCAGUGAUGAUAAAACGAGUGAAAAAAAAUUGAGUAAAAAUAAAACAAAGAAUACAUCGAAAAAAGUAAAUGAUGGUAAAAAAAUAGACAAUUCUCUGAUUGUUAAUGGGAAAAUAAAUCACAAGGUUUUGCAACGGGAAAAAUUGGUAAGUCGUGCACAGGCUGCACUUGACUUGGCUAAGAAACAUGGAUUGAAGGGAUUCUAUGACAGGGCUGAAGAAAUAAUUAAAAAAAUACGAGACCGUUGCAACGUAAAACGUAAUGUUAUUGAACAAUUAUGGACGGAUAUUGUUAAGGAGCUGAGGGGCAAAAAUAUACUUGUUUUGAAUUGAUUAUUUCUGUAGAAAAUAGUGACGAGUGUAUAUUAUUUUAUUUUUAAUUAUUUUUGUUGUUAAUAAAAAUAAUUAUAUAUUA